AUGUGCCGUGAGUGUAAGCUCGAUGCCGAGUCGUUCGAGGAGGGGAACAAUGCCACGCGAACUCAGCCUGUGCAAGCUACCACGGUGCACACGCUCCUCGGGCGCAUAAAAGCAUGCCAGAUGGCGUCGAGGGUGGAGGCGACGCUCUACCGGGAGAAGGAGCUGGGCAUCAUGCGGGAGAUCUCGGUGGUCAGAUCGGAGGUGCGGUUCAUGGUCCGCACCGAGGACGAGAGGGACCUCAAGUGGCUAUGUGGGCAGGAAUUGCGCCGACCGGCGUUGCGGCACCAUCGGCGAUACCUACACCACCGAACAGUUCCGCCUGAUCAUGAUGAAGGUGUUGCCGACAUGGGCGACGUCGGCGUGGAACCCGUGGGCAACCACUCCUUCGCAGACGAUGUGGAGAUUUCUCCUCAUCAGGGUGCUACGCUACUCUCCGACCACACUCUCCUGCGCGGUGCUAGCAUCCGCGAGAUCACGCUCCCCGACAUCUUCUUCUACUGA